AUGUAUUCUUUUAAAUCUUUUGGCAAAGACCUCGAGCUUUUCGUGCAGAUUAAACCUGGUUUGAGUGCUUAUGCACAGAAUCCACGACAGGCAGCGGAAUCUCUGAUUUCUCUUUUGGAUAAAGCGGAAAGUGUUGUUCCUCGAGAGUUUCGCCCCAGAACACCCGUUAGAGUUGGGGCAACUGCGGGUUUGAGGGCUUUGGAAGGGGAUGCAUCUGACAGGAUCUUGCAAGCGGUCCGGGAUUUGCUUAAGCAAAGAAGCACUCUUAAAUCUGAAGCUGAUGCGGUGACUGUGCUGGAUGGAACCCAAGAAGGUGCUUUUCAAUGGGUGACUAUUAACUAUCUACUAGGAAACUUGGGAAAAGAUUAUUCAGAGACUGUUGGGGUAGUUGAUCUUGGAGGUGGAUCUGUUCAAAUGGCAUAUGCCAUCUCUGAGAAAGAUGCUGCCAAGGCUCCAAAAGCACCCCAUGGAGAGGACCCAUAUGUCAAGGAGAUGUUCCUAAGGGGAAGGAAAUAUUACCUUUAUGUUCACAGUUACUUGCGCUAUGGUUUACUAGCAGCUCGGGCAGAGAUUUUAAAGGUUUCUGAUGAUUCUGGAAACCCUUGCAUCUUAGAUGGCUUUGAUGGGUCUUACAAGUAUGGAGGAAAAUCUUUUAAGGCUUCAUCCUCCCCUUCUGGCGCAAGCUUGAAUGAAUGCAAAAGCAUAGCUCUUAAGGCUCUCAAGGUUAAUGAAUCAACCUGUACACAUAUGAAGUGCACUUUUGGUGGGAUAUGGAACGGUGGUGGGGGGGACGGACAGAAAAAUCUUUUUGUUGCCUCAUUUUUCUUUGACCGGGCGGCUGAGGCUGGUUUUGCUGAUCCAAACUUACCCGUUGUGAAAGUUCAUCCUGUGGAUUUUGAGGAAGCAGCCAAGCAAGCUUGUCAAACAAAACUCGAGGAUGCCAAAUCCAGUUAUCCACAUGUUGAGGAGGGAAACCGUCCAUAUUUAUGCAUGGAUCUUGUAUACCAGUAUUCAUUGCUUGUUGUUGGAUUUGGUCUGGAUCCAUGGCAACAGAUUACAUUAGUGAAGAAAGUUAAAUAUCGUGAUGCUCUUGUUGAGGCUGCAUGGCCCCUUGGCAGUGCCAUAGAAGCUGUAUCAUCUGCAUAAUGACACCAAUAUAAUAAUCAAUUACCCACUCAAAAUCUUGCAGGAUGAGUUUCAUCACUCAUUUAUUUUCAGGUGAAUUUGCCGCCAUUCAUGAUAAUUAGAAAUUGCUAUAAGAUCAAAUUGUGAUUGGAUAUGGGGUCUACAUUUCAAGAAUUAUGAUAGAAUUCCUUCAUUAUUUUCCAUUUGUAAUUAUUUUACCAAAGUAUCUGUAACUGCUUUGGAAGACUGAUUGGAUUCAUUUUGUUCAUCUAUUUUUUGUAGCCUUUAGAGAUGAACAUAAUGGUGAUAGUGGUAGCAUUUCUUUUUUGAUUCAUUCCUUGUAAUAGUUUCUCUUUUCUUUUGUAUUUCUUUGUUGACCCAAAGU